CCUCGCAAGAAGAACCAUUAAGGCAAACGUCGCCAGGAGCCACACUCGGGGUUCGGAAGUCACCUGCUCCACCCAUGAAGACUGUGGGGUACUAGUCAACACUGUAUGUGCUCUGUGUGAGAGGUAGACAGCAAUCUUACCAGCUGUUCUCACCAUGGAGCCACCUGCCAGAUGUCUGAGGGUGCUGUUUAUGGGACUGUGGGUGGUGGUAGGCCUGAUCCCUAGAUGUCUCGCAGACGUGGUAGUCAUCUCCACGGAAACAAACAAAACCGUCACUGCCAUUGCAGAUCUUCCAGCUCUUUUUGGUCCGCCUCUACCUCUCUCAGGUUUUAAGGGAUAUGUGAAUUAUGUCUCCCCGCCUGAUGCUUGCACUGUGGUGAAACCUCCACCACAAGAAUACGCAGGCCUUUGGAUUGCUCUUGUGCGAAGAUUCAACUGCUCAUUCGUUGACAAGGUGAUAAAUGCCCAACAUGCAGGAUAUGCAGCUGUCAUAGUACAUAAUGUCGGAUCUAACUCCCUGCAACCCAUGAGUGCCGACCAUAGAGCAGAAGAGGUGGUCGUGCCUUCAGUGUUCAUUGGCCAGGAUGAUGCUAUUAUGAUCAUAGAGAACUACCUAUAUAAUAAAGGGUACACCUUGGAGAUAACCGAUGACCUGCCUUUCAACCUGCAAAACUACCUGGUUCCCUUUGCCAUUACCAUAGGAAUUUGCUUUAUAGUAAUGCUCACUUUAUGGGUCUAUCAGCUGAUUCUUAGACCAUUCUCGGGCCCAAAUGUCGACUGGACUCCUUAUAUACUAGGCUACAUUGCCCUCAUGUUGGGCUUACUUAUAUCGUUUUUCAUUACCAUGUACUGUGAGAGGUUGAGUAGCAUUGAAAGCUUUUUAUCUAAAAAUUAUAUCCGCAUAUUUUCUCCACGUAUGUUGGUCUGGCAACGAUUCAUAGAUUGUCAAGUGUGUGCGAGAUUACCGUCGAGAUUUAACCAAGCCUUCUCUUCCAGAGCCCUGAAAAAGCUGCCUGUGCACAAAUUCAAGAAAGGCGACCCAUAUGAAUGCUGCGCUGUCUGCCUAGAGGAUUAUGUCGACAACGACAAACUACGCAUAUUGCCUUGUUCUCACGCUUACCACACCAAGUGCAUUGACCCGUGGCUGACCAAGAACCGCCGAGUCUGCCCAGUCUGCAAGAGAAAGGUUUUCACGGGGGAUGAAAGGCCGUCAGACCUGGAGAGUGACUCGGAGGAUGAAAGUAGCCCUCUUAUAAACUCUGAUGGAGGCACGCAGGGGGGAACCUUCAAUCAACAAAGGGAAAAUCCGUUCCAAGAAGCUGAGCGCCUGGCAGAGGAAAGGAGACGACAGCGAAGAAGGAGAAGAGCCAGUUCCCGCAACAUAGAGUGUGGACCAGAGGGGUAUCAGCGUCUAGCAGAGUCGACGGAUGAAGAUGACGAGGAUUACCAGGAAGAAGAAGAAGGAGAAGGUGCUAGAGCAGAGUCCGAACAGAACAUGGAUGAUAGAAAAAGAGUUGGUGCCAAGAGGGGAGAGGAGAGCGAGAGCGGAGAGGAUGACAGGAUGGGAUCACCGCAUGAACCUCCUAGUGUUAGUGUUAUUGUUCAUGGUGCUGGGCGAUCCUCAGGGCACACAGAUACAACAAGCCUAGCAAGCAACCACAGUGCAACGUCCCAAGGCAGUCCCCCGGGUCCUGUGCAGAUUGCAGUUGAUGUGGUCAAUUGCAACCCUGCUGCCUCCUCGCUGCCAAAACAGCCUCCCCAUGUGCCGGAAGAUGCUGGUUCUGAGCGAGAUUAUGUAGUCUAAAUCUGUUUCUUAUUUUGAGGAUCAUUAAUUCCUGUAUUUUCUUGAUAUGCAUUUUCUUGUGCAUAAUCAGCAGCAACAACAUUAGUAGUAUUAAUAAUGGAGACAUCCUUUUCUUUUCUUUUUCUUUCAUUUAAUCUAGGUAUACA